AUGACUUCUGGAGUUCGAGCGUCUCUCAAGACCUACACAAAAUGUGCAGCUGCCGGAGCGAGUUUGAUCCGCUUGCGUUGCGCAUCCAAAGACGCCCCAAGGGCAGAGGGUGACCUGGGCCGACGACUAAGGCCGGUAAAUGAAGGAGACGCCAUCGCACCUGGACGCUGCACUGCAGGACCCCAACCCAGCGACCCCUUCAAUCGGCUGUCGAGAUUAAUCCUCGCCUUGGUAACAGAUUUGACAAUUAACCUUUACGCAGGUGUGGCCACGGGGCGCGUGUCGAGCAGGCACCCUAUCAAGCACGUCCACUUUGGCUAA